AUGGAGGAGGAAUUUCAAGAAUCCGAAGUCAUUUUUCAAGAAAACAUUUCAAACGAAGAAAAUGAUCAAGAAGAGUACUACAAAUUCCAAAAUCGAGAUUUUAUCAGUUCAAACACUAGGAAGCUGCAGAGUAGAAAGAGGCCGAAGCGAAUGUCCAAUUCCGUCCCCAUUAAUAUUCCCGAUAACUUGUCUAGAAAUAGUUCAUGGUUCAAGUACAUGGAAAAUAAUGAAUCACGGUUUUUGGAAGACGGUGAAUACGAUGACGGAGAAAUGGUACCACCACAUGUGAUCACCGGCCGGAGAAUCGCCAGAAAAAUGAUGACAUUUUCUGUUUGUAGUGGUUAUGGAAGGACAUUAAAGGGAAGAGAUUUGAGUCAAGUAAGGAAUUCAAUUCUUAGGAUGACUGUGACAAUGCCAAUGGUGAAAGAAUUGGUGAUGAGAAUUGCAAAUCCAAGUGAUGGCACAGUGUUUGUGUUUUCUGCGAAUUUCUUUUGUCUCAUCAAAAGAAAAAGCCAAACACAAACAGCUGGUUUUGAAGGAUGA